AUGGAUGCCAUUCAGCCUCUUGAAAACGAAAUCAAAGACCCUGGCGUACUUGUUGACAUGUUUGCUUCAUAUUUACCCGUUACUGCCAAUCUCAUAGCGUUGCAAGCUAUUGACCAGUUCAUUCACUUGUUUCCAAAGAACUUGCAGAAGCAUUUACAAGAAGUUAAAAUUGCUGAAUUUGUCCGUUUAUAUCCAAAUUCAUACAAUUAUUUGGAAGAAUUGAAUGAACAUGGUGAAAGGUCCUUUUACGUAUACUUUUUUACUAAACCAGGACAGUCAAAACGGUUAUAUUGUAUACAACCUUUACCAGAAUUUCAAGACAAUUUCCACGUUAUAACAACUGUUGCUUUAGAUAUUCCUGCCAGAGUUCCAUAUGGAGGAACAGUAACUAUCUCAAGCUUUCCCAAGGGCUAUAAAGGAAAGCCUCUCACAAUUGCAAAAUUCACACACAGCAGUUGCCAAUUUGUUCAAGAUGUCGAGUUCCAUUUCCUCAACAAUACGACUUUCAUCAUAGAGACUCCUCAAGAAGGUAUAUACAAAGUUUUCAUCGCAGGAUUUGUUGCUCCCAAUGGCGAAGAAGAAGUCGAAGAAAUCCUCACCUCAGAGAGCGAAGAAGAAGAAGUCGAAGAAAUCCUCACCUCAGAGAGUGAAGAAGAAGAAAAUUUCCAAGACAUUCAAGAUUCAGAAUAUACCGAAUAA